AUGAGGUCUCCGAUUCGGCUUGAAUGCCCAACAUUCUCCGAGUACAAUGACCUCGGAACCAGCCCAACCUCCUAUCUUUCACUGCUAACAAGCGGCUUAAUAUCCAAUACCCAUCUCAUCAUGAUGCUGUACCAGAAAAUUAGAUACUCUCGUUACCUUCGUGAACAAAUGGUUUUUCAAUUCGUUGUUCCUGGAGCUAGGCCUUCAGCAACACAUGAGCGCAUUAAUGCAAUGGUAGUCCCUGCAAAUCUUUCUUGCAACAUUAGUAAUGGCCUUACCAACAAUAAUAGCCCGACCACAGGUGAAGAUUCCGAAAAUAAUUCAAAUCGAGGGUUUUGGUUUGAAACAAGACCACAUCUCGAGCAUUGUCUUCGCAGUUCACAAAUGAACAUCAAUUUCAUAUCUGCCUGUCGCACCGGCACCAACUUAGAUGCUCACUUUUUUUUCCCCAUGUCUUCUCCUCACAGCUCUCACUGGACCUUAUUUUGGAUGGUUUGUACAAGUUCGACCAAUUCUGCUGAAUUUUUCUACUUUGAUCCGGCCCAAAAUCAUAUUGACAUGGGUCCUACCCCCUUGACUGAAGUGAUACCAUAUUCUGUCUUUAAACACUACUACGAGUGUAUUGGAUUUGUUUACAAUUUUAUGCUUGACAGACAGCUGGAUGCAAAUACCAUGAGAGUGUCUCGGCGUACUUUUUACCAACAGUCGGAUGCUCCUUACAACAGUGGGCCAUCCACAGCUCUUAAUAUAAUACACGUAUUAUCUAACGUAUGCUUUAGGCAAAUCGACGCCAAACUGAUACCACCUGUGGAUUUUCAUAAUUCUAACCAGGAAGCUGAACAUAUACGUAAAGAUCUCAUUGUAUACUUUACCCUCCGCGAACAUAACUUUGAGGCUCCCAUUCCAGUUUUAAUUCCUGCACCCAAAUCUCAUGACAGAGCAGACGGAAGAGGGAUCAAGAGCCAUAGAAAAAAUAAUAGCAGUAGUGGAAGUAGUAGUAACGGAAUCACUCAAGGAAAUUCGUGGCAGGCAAUAAACCAUGAAGUCCCAUCGACUUUACAACCUUUAUCAACUAUACAGACGUCAGCAUUGUUACCGCCACCCCAACAACAACAACAUCAGCCACAUCAGCAACAGCAACAGCAUCAGCAGCAGCAGCAGCAGCAACAACAACAACAACAACAACAGCAACAGCAUCAACAACCACCUCGAUUACCGCCUUUAGAGAAAAAACGAAGAACAAUUGAACAUACCCCAUCACCUCCUAAAACCCUAACUACUACAGAAACCAAUCCUCCUUCUCGUACUAAAGCCAAUGACAUAGUGAUACCCGAGAGAGACAAACGACCGGAGCCUGCCGUCAAGUUUUGUUAUGAGUUUCGAGAGGCUUUCCCCAAAAUUAUCGAUGCAAUUGCUACGGAAAACUUAAUUCUUUCCACCAUCCAAACAUUUUUGGAUAUGGCCAAGGAGACUGCACCUCAUUAUGAAUUUAUUUCAAAGCUUUCCAAGGUGCGAUUUAGGCGGUUGAUGCGCCAAUGGACCAACACGUUUCCUCCAGAUAUUAUUGCUCUCAUGGAACUUAACAUUAUGGGGAAAACAUUUAUGCCUAUCGAGUAUAUGGAACUGGCAACGAGGCAGGUUAGUGAUAGCAUUUGGGUAACACCAGCUCAAUGUUUUGAGUGUCUGCGAGACAUUUUCAUAAACAAGGUGUAUUUCCCGGAGGCCUUUUUACGUGAACAUGGUCGAGAGAUAUUUGGAGCAGAUGUGAAGACUCUUGAGCAGGCUCAGACGCGUGUGAUUGAAGCUUUGGAUUCCAAUCGGGAAUGUUUUUUGUCUGCAAUUGAAUGGCCUCCCAAAUACACACGUAACUAUACAUCUGAUGGCAAGAGUCUGUUACGGAAGGACCAUAAUCUUAUUGCAGUAUCACCUGCCAAUGCUAUAGAUCUUAUUGAUUUUUGCUUUGCUCAUGGGAAUUUGUCUAAAGGUCAUUACCGGGACCGUGCUAGUAGGUAUAAGAUUUUGGGGAGUAAACGUUACUACAAGUGUCCUUUUUGGGUUUUGUCGAUUGCCAUCAAGUAUUAUGGAAAACAACAACUUCUUCCUCCGCCACCUCGCUCUGAAGGUCCUUGGAUUAUCGCUGAGGACAUAGAUGGAAGUCCUGCCAAUAGUGGGGCAGAAAAUGAUGAUGUCCAUGAUGAACGACCUCCUCGAAGCUCCAAAACAAAGGGUGAUUUUCGAUUUUACGAUGUCACUACAAAGAAUUUUAAUGCAUAG